GCGGGAAUAUAUGCAGAGUAAAAAUAAUAAGUGAACCUCGGUCUCUGAUUUUCUAACUGAUCAAACUAUAAGAUACAUAUUUUAGUCUAAAAAUAAACAAUCGACGAUUCUGAUUCGUUGAAAUAUGUCAGAGUCGAGAGUGUGAACUCAAAGAUACGAACAAGCUCAACCUAUUCGCAACCUAAUUUCCCUUUAAAUAGAAACAAAAUGUUUAAUGGUAACGUGGACAGUAUGGUGUUUAAAAAAUUCCUACCAAUUUUCAUAUGGUGUGUUUAUGAUAUUCUGAGAAUCGUCAUUUUCAUCAUUACGUUUCAUUUUUAGUUUUGAGAUGAUUUUUCAAACUCUUUCCCUUACAACGAAAGCUAAUAUUAAUAAUCAGUCCGUCAAAAUUGGAUCUGGAUUCCCAUUUCAAAGAUGAUUGGAACCCAUAUUCGAAUAGAAAAAUAUGGCCAGGCCAUUGUUAUAUUUUUCAGCUAUAUAUAUAUAUAUAUAGCUAGCUGGAGUACUGUUCUAUAAGUCAUAAUAAUAUUCUAUGAAUUAUUUUUGGUGGAAAUAUUAAAUAUUGGGUGUGAGUGAGAUCAGCCAAUUAAUGGCAAUUUCCUUUUUCAACUUUACCCAAAACGGCUUGACAUGUUCUCUCCUACGGCGAUGCCAAAAAUGAUAUGGUCUAUGUAUGGUCUUAUAAAAUGACCUUAAUCGUGUGAAAGGAUGAUAUUUAAAUAAUUUGAUUGACUUUAUAUUAAAGAAAAAGAAAUUCGGAAGACAAAAGAGCACUUCGGGUGGUAUAUAGAGAAAGUAAAAGAUAAAAGAUUUUCAAGCUAGAGAUGUAGGGAAGCAAAAAUAGCAUAUCGUAAGACCGAUAUAAUACUUUUUUGUUGAUAUUUGACUUCCAUUUCUUCCAAUUUUUUUUAACAUUUUGUAAAAAAUGCUCACAUCUCUACUUGUGAGAACAUGCUUAAAGUAGUUGUCUAAUCCAGUUAGAUGCUCCUCCGUGGUUGUUGGUAAAUGUGGAGCAUCGAGCGAAACGAUUCAAUAAGUAAAUACAUUCUCACAAAUGAACUGUGAGCACCAUAAUCGGAUUGCUCUCAUUAAAUUGUAUAUUAUAAAUUUUUUCGCUCAUACUUUAACAUGACAACACUUAUAAAAAAAUCAAUGGUCACUCAAACAAUCUAUUGAUUGAUUUUCAUUUCGUUAAUGAGCGUCUUGUGAACUAGAUAAUUACUUUGUCUAAUGAUCAAAGCCCCCUAAUGAGUUGCCCUAUUACAUAACGACAAACAACAAAAUACGGAGCUGGUUGAUUGGGCUUGUAACCCAGGCCCAUUACGAUGUAUAAAAAACAGGCCCAAACGGCUAGCCAAACCAAAACCCAAAAACAAAAAGGUUUCAAACUUGCGACGGUUGCGAUUCGGGUGAACGGAAAAGAAACCGGCGAUAUCAAAUCGAAAGAGACGGAACUACGGAAGCAAAGUCCCCGACGAACAGUUUCAUCAGUCACUCUAGAAACGAAGAAACGCGGAUCCGCAAAGGUUUCUUCAGUCUGGUGCUUAAUUUUACUAGUGAGGAUCGGCCAUUGAGAUCCAUUUGAAUGUUAGUACGUCUAUUUUAGCUUAGCAAUCAUUGAUCAGAGAGCUUUUACUUCCCAUUUUUGAAGUUUGGGAUCGAAAGCUGAAAACUUUCGAGCAGAGGAGUUCGUUUUCUGGGGUGGAUUUUGGUUGAUUGAGUGCAAGGAGAGUGACCCAAAUGGAUAAUGCUCUUUUCUGUGGUUCAAGGAAUGUUAACUGUGAUAAAUUCAUGGUUGGUGAGGACUGAGGAGUGGCAGGAAUUUGACAAUUUCAUAUGGUUUAGCAUGAAAAAGAUCUUACCUUUUUUUCUAUAUUUUAGGUCUUGAUUUCACAGGGCAAGGCUAUUGAGGAAUGCGUGACAGUCUAUCAUGGUCAUUCCCAAUCUCAAUUCUCUUUGGAAUCUCAAAGAUGGCUCUGACCCUAUCUCCACUAAGCUUGCACCUUCAUACUGCUUUCUCAAGAAGAUUUCUGAGCUUAGAGAAGCAUUACAAGAGGUUAUUGCUAGUGAGGAGUGGAAGCAAUGGAAACUUAGUUUUGGGUAAGGACAAACAUGUUAUGCGGGGAUGGAAGACCGAAUACCAGAGUGACAGCAAUGGAAGACGGGUCCUGAGAGAGCAGCUGAGCUCGUACUGGCGCCAAGAGGGGUCACUCGGUGAGGAAGAUGCUGUUGAUUUCAGGAAUAAGAGGGACCCUGUUGCUUGGUGGGAGACUUUGGUUCUUAGUUCUUACACACCUGACCUGCAAACUCUAGCCAUAAGGGCUCUCAGCCAAGUCUGUAGUGUUGGAAUGUGCUAAGAGAUCUGGCACACUAAUGGCUCCUCGUAUCAGGAAGUAGUCAACAGACUGCGAGUGCAGAAGGCAGAUGAUCUUGUCUUUGUUAGGAACAACCUCACUUCAUAGCCAGGGAAAUGAGAAUUUAGGCUCUGGCCCAAGAACUAUGCUGGCUAGCUUGCCUUCAGAAGUAGAAGAUUCAAUGCCUAUUAAUCAUGAGCCAGCAGUAGAAGAUGUUCAUGAUGAGACAGUGGCUGGAUCUUCUUGAUCAUUUUGAUGGUUUGUGUAUGGAAACAGUGAACUAAGUAACUAACCCGAUAAGGACAGCGCCUAUUACUAGUUGCUGAAGACUUUUAUGAAUGUUCAGAAAUUUAGCGUAUCCCAAGAUUGUUAGUUCUGGUAGAUUGCUAGCUGUAACAUCAUAGAUCACAUUUCCUCUAUAUGCUUGUUGCCUUAGUAAAGUUGCCUGAUACUU